AUGAGCUCGAAGAUCCAUCACGCUACCAGCACGGCUCCACAAAUCGAGAGUGUACUCGCCGCGACCUCGCGAACCCCUUUUACUAGCGCACUAACCAAUGUGCAACUCAGGAAGAUAGAGAAGCUGCGCCUACCAGAGUACAAGCCCGGCGGAGACCCGGUGGAACACAUGACGGUUUUUAAUAUCGCGAUGGCACGGGCUCGACUCUCCGAUGAAGAAAGGGACGCAGGCUACUGUCAACUGUUCGUCGAGAAUCUCUACAAGCAAGCCCUGACCUGGUUCUCCCAACUAGAGGAGAACUCAAUCGGAAGCUUCCGAGACUUAUCAGUGGCUUUCCUCAAGACGUACAUUAUGUUCACAAAGCGCAGUGCACCGCUUCUAGCCUAUAAAAAUGCAAUCAUCAGCAAGAUGAACGCGGCGAAAACGCCAGCGACUAAAAAUGCCGACACCCGAGCAGAACCGCGGCAGCAUGCCCCUCGCGACAAGAACAGCCGUAAAGACGGUUACAUGUACAUCGUCAACGAGAACAACGUACUGAUUUCGACCAUGGUAGUCCGAGGAGAAGGGUGGAAUAAAUGGGUAAGAGAGCUCGACUCAUCUGGCCAACCAACUGAUACUGUCUGCGCGACUCAACCUGCAGUGGCAGCAGGUCCGACGGCAGGCCCUUCCAGAACAGUCGAUCUCUCCAAACAUUGCAAAUAUCACGACGUCAAAGGGCAUGAUACGACGGAGUGUAAAUCAUUCUAUGCGCACUAUCUCUCAUCUCUCGCCAGCGGCGACUUCAAAUUCGAGCCCCUAAAAGCUAAGCCCAAAAAGGGAAAAAGCUGGAGCAAGAAUAAAGAAAGAAGAGCCCAACGCAAAGCUACCGACGACGAGAACGACGACGCGCCUAUACCCGGAGAUCUGAGAGAUGUUCUCAAACGAAAGCUUAUGUCCAAGGACGACAACAGCUCCGAAAAUACUGAUCUCCGGCUAACGCUGAACGCAAGGAAGUCCCAGCGUACCUCGACCGGUGGUGCUGAUCCCAAAGGGCAUCCGAGACGUCUCAGCGGUGAUCUUCGAGACAAACUCAACGCCAGCGUGUGCGAUCUUCGCGUUCUCCUCAACAGCUCGAAGCCCACAGAUCUCCGUAGACGGUUGGAACAAAAUAAGACGCCAGCCAACCCUACGCUGUCGCAAAACGAUGACAACGCAUCUGCUGACCUACGCGCCCUUUUAAACUCCAAGCGAGUUGCGACUUUGCAAAGGUGGCCCACUAGACCACCAAAUCAUCCUCCGAUAACCUUUUCGCCUGAUGACAUCGCCGGGAUUCACGCCCCCCACAAUGAUCAUCUUCUUGUCGUUCUCGGAAUUGGAGAGUAUGACAUCACGAAAGUACUUAUCGUUACGGGAAGCUCCGUAGGUCUCAUCUUCUGA